AUGUUAUCAACCGCGCUCGGCGUCGAGCUCACCGCGCGCACCCGAACCCCACGCGCGCUCGCCCUCACGGACCACAUCGACGCUCCGGGCGAUUGGCUCGUCUCCGCAAUCGUCGGUGAGCUCGUCGAGCGCUCCAUCGCGGUCGUUUUGAUCCCGUGCGAGCGAUCGAGCGAAGAAAUUCUCAGGCUGAGCAAGAAAAUCUCUCGAAAGUCCCGCGAUGCGCUCGACCGGGCGUUAAAGCGCGGGACGUUGACGAUUGUGGAUCCACACGCGUUCGGGGACGCGUUCGGGGACGACAAAACGCGCGUGAUGGCGACGUUGGCGGGGACGCGGACGGCGGGGCGCGCCGCCGCUGCGGCCGCCGCGUCGAGCGAAGACGCGACGUCGAGCGAGCGGCGAGCGUGCGUGGUGAUCGACGGCGCGGAUUCGCUGUGUCCGUCGUCGUCGUCGACGGCGUUGGAACGGUUUUUGGACGCGAUUGCGGGGGAGGAUUUGGGUUUCGACGUCGUGACGCGCGCGCACGGUGACUGCGGGACGCUCGAGCGGUGGAUCGCGGAGUCGUGCGAUUGUGAGAUGCGGUUAAUUCCGCUCGCGACGGGGGGUGCAGAGGACGCGCAAGGGAUGUGUGAGACGACGCACAAGACGGGGGCGUGGUUAGGGGGCGGGGGUCGACGUUCGCGGUACGCCUUUGCGGUCACUGAGCUCGGCGUUCGUGUCGAGCGGCGUUCGAUCGUUAGUUCUUAG